GAGGGCUGUAGUGUGGGAUGCCUGUUUAGAGGGGGGACAUGGAUGUGCUGAAGGAGGUGAAGUAUCUCUGUGUUAAGGGGGAACUGGGCAGUAGAGAAAUUUAAGUUACUUACUGAAACAACCCACAAAAGGAUUCUGCAUCUCGGAGCACACGCAGGAUGACGUCCACAUCCGGGUCUGCGGCAGGACAGUAUUCACAGUGUAAGCCAGGAGACACGCUCUGUGAGAUCCGUGUCUACGAGCAGGAAGUGAUCGUCGUGCCCUUGCUGCUGCUGGUCACUUUCACUGUCACGCUGGUUCUAUUGCUACUCCUCCGCUUCUGUCCGGAGAAAGUGAGGUCACUGCGGCCCAAAAACGCCCAUGGCGCCAAGACCAAGAGGGUCCUCCAUGGCAUAGAUGCUCCUCUGGGUCUGAAUGUGCUGGAAGGAGAGAGUAUAGCACUGGACGACACUCCGUCGUACUUCACCUUCAGCACAUCCACCAGCGCCCCCCACAGGCCGGGCCAGGCCUCGCACGGUGUGCACAACCUUGCCUUCAUCGCUGACGGCGGCUCAUUCGGGGGAGGGCCCCUGCUUUCAGACCAGUGGGAUGCCCCGCGGCAACGCCUGCCAGAGAAAUUCAAGCUGGUGACAUCACUGCCAUGCUCAUACUCGCUCAAGUCCGACCAUGUGGUGUCGCUUUACAGAGCUCGCAUGGAGAACAGGAACGUUGUUCUACGAGUGCUGAACGACUCAGCCAGUAGCAGCGAGAGCCAGUCUUUCCUGGGAUUUGCAUCCUUCCUGUCUCAGCUGGGGCCACACCCUUUCCUGCCGGAGCUCAUCGGGGUGGUGUCCUUGCGUGCGCCUCUCAUCAUCGUGGUGGAGGAGAUGGAGAACCAGGACCUGCUUGGCUUCCUCUGGAGAUGCCGGCAGGCUGUUGCUGGUCCAGACGCUCAAGAGCUGACGGAGAAACGUAUCUUCACCAUGGCUUCCCAGGUGGCCUCUGCACUGGAGUACCUCCACUCCAAAGACAUCGUCCACAGCAACGUGAAGGCUCGCAGUGUUCUGGUCAGCCGCAUGCUCACUGCCAAACUGUGGGGGCUGGGCGGAGUCUACGGCAGAAAAACACAGACGCCCAGUUACCGUGAUGAUCCUGGAAUGAGGAAAUGGCAGGCUCCCGAGGUGCUGGCUAACAAGCCAGCCUCGCCCAGGAGCGACGUGUGGUCCUUUGGGCUGCUCUUGUACGAGAUGGCCACUCUUGGUGAAGUCCCAUUUGCUGAGAUCCCAGUGAAUGAGCUACUUCAGUACCUCCAGAGAGGGAAAUCCCUGAAGAAACCCAACAAUUGCUCCAACACGCUUCACUCCAUAAUUAAAGGCUGCUGUCAGUGGAAGGAACAAGAUCGCACCUUACUGGCUGAGAUCAGCCGCAAACUCCAAUCAGGAGAGAAGGGUGCCAAUGACAAGGCCGUUCUCCGGGCACCUGGGCCAAUCAAGGUUGAACAGUAUCUGCAGCAGGCGGGAUAUGGAGAUUUCAAUGACUAUACGGUUUUCUGAGCCUAGAACAGGCUAACCAGUUAUACCAGCAGAUACUGACUUAGGCCUUAAUGGUUAAACCCUGGAUAACGAUUUCUCAGAUGGAUCUAUUUGGGAACUUUGCUUUGUGACCACUGUCCAGAGAUGCCCCCUCAUUGUGGCCAUUACUGUAGGACAUGGGCAGAGUGACUGAACUUAUGUUAUAAUAUUAUCAUAACAAGGGUUGGAUAGUUACAGGAAUUAUUGGUGUUACAGAAUUGAGAAAAGUAGACUUGAAGAGGUGCAUAAAAAAUCUAUUUUAGUUAUGAUUCACUGAGAGAUAAUAUAUUCUUAAAUCACUUUUAUAUUUUCCUAAUUUAAAGGGUCUUUUUAUCCUUUGGAAGGGUUUGCUAGUGUUCAGUAGGUCUGAGAAAGUGGGGAAUUGUUUGGCUGAUACCGUAUACCUGAUAUCUGAGGCCUUUAACACCUGGAAUUGGGUGUUCCUCUGCCAUCAUUCACUCAAGUACCAUAACUGUGAAGUUUUUUCUUUGACGAGAAUAAUGAAAAUAUUCAAAAACAAACUUUUGUUCCACGCUUUCCUGUUACUUGGUUUCCAUGGUAAUGCUAAUAAAAGACCAAUUCCCUUCAGCCUGACCAA